AUGUCGUCGCCAAAGACUAAAUCACCGACUGGGCCGUCAUCCCCGGCCUCUGGGCCUAGGUCAGCGCCGUCUCCACAGGCCGAACUCAUUCCCGCCGCUGACAACGAGGAUGAUGUUCGAGACGACGCCGACUCGACGCUUGAAACAGACGCUGACAGCUCAACUGCCUCUGUUUCUUCCAGUAUCCUCCACUACAGAAGUAUUCAAGGUCGCACGUUCCAUAGCGACAAAUUCGUGACUGAGUAUUCUUUUCCGAAUGACGAACAACAACUCGAGUCUGUUGAUAUUAGCCAUCAUUACUUGACGGUUCUGCUUGACGGUCAAUUAUACCUAGCUCCCAUCGGAGAUAACGUCCAGAAAGCGCUUGACGUAGGCACGGGAAGUGGGAUCUGGGCAAUAGACUUCGCAGAUCAGUUCCCGCAAGCAGAAGUAACAGCAACUGAUCUCUCACCAACACAGCCAAAAUGGGUCCCCCCAAAUGUACGUUUCGAGAUCGACGAUGCCACCGAAACAUGGACUUGGAAGGACAACACCUUUGAUUUCAUCCACAUGCGUUAUCUCUUUGGCGCCAUCCAAGAUUGGACUGCUUUGUACCAACAGGCCUACCGUGUUUGUACACCAGGAGGCUGGGUUGAGUCUGUUGAGGCCGACAUUCAUUUCCGUAGCGACGAUGGCACAGCUGAAGAACAAGAGGUCUAUAAACUGUGCAACAAGCUUUAUGAAGAAGGUGGCAAAGCGAUUGGUCGAACGUUCUUUGUGCAUGACUUGCAGCCGAAGGGGAUGGAAGACGCGGGGUUUGUGGACAUCAAAACAGUGGACUACAAGAUUCCAAUUGGGGAUUGGCCCAAGGACCCGAGACUUGCUGAGGUCGGAAGAUUUGUCAAGCUGACAUUGGAGAAUGACAUGGAAGGAUAUACUUUACUGUUGUGGAACAAUGUGCUGCAAUGGCCAAAGGACGAGUAUCAAGUGUUCCUGAUGCAGAGUAGAAAGGCUCUGCGUAACCGCAAGAUUCAUGGUUAUUUUGUGGUACGGUAUGUAUAUGGCCGCAAGCCAGAAUAA